UUAGUUCCUAAAUCCAAUUAAUAUGUCUCAUAUGGCAGGGUCUUCCUCCUACAACAUUCCUCAAAAUACUCAUGAGGUAUUUCUUAGCUUUAGAGGUGAGGACACACGCUACACCUUCACAAGCCAUCUUCAUGCUUCCUUAACCAGGUUUCAAAUCAAAGCCUACAUAGACUACAAUCUUGUGAGAGGGGAUGAAAUUUCAACAGCACUUACAAGAGCAAUUGAGGAAUCAAAGCUUUCCGUUGUUGUUUUGUCUGAAAACUAUGCAAAUUCAAAGUGGUGUUUGGAUGAGCUUUCAAAAAUAAUUGAAUGUAGAAAGAAUAAUGGACAAGUUGUAGUGCCUGUUUUCUAUGGUAUAGAUCCAACUAAUGUGCGUAAUCAAACAGGAACUUAUGAAAUUGCGUUUGCUAAACAUGAGAAACAAUUUAGGAGUAACAUGAGUAAGGUGCAUAGGUGGAGGAGUGCUUUGGCUGAAGUUGCAAAUUUAGCUGGGUGGAGCUGCUCUGUUCAAAGCAUGGAAUCCGAACUCGUGGAAAGAAUUGGUAGAGAUGUGUUGGAGAAAUUAAAUCAUGUCUAUGUUGGUGACAUAGACGAGGAGAUCAAUAAGUAUGAGCAACUAUCAAACCUUCAAGCAAUGAAUCUCAUGCGAGGAAGUGGGUUCAAUACACAACUUUGGCAUGAACUUCAAGCAACAAACCAGCAUAUUGGGCAGCUUAGAAUGAAGAAAAACGUAAUUCUACUUAGAUUACCACGUGGUGUAUAGUUUUUAUAAUGUCAUUAAAGUUCCCCUUAAAUAACCUACAAGGUCUGAUCAUGCUCGAAUGCUCAAUUGUGUAAUUAACCUCCACUGUUAGACUGUUAGUAUUCUACUUUUUCAAACAAAAAUAAUUUAUUAAACCUUCACACUCAAUAAUCUAUAAUGUCAUCCACGUAAAAGUUUUAUGCUAAAUACUACUUGAGAUUCUUUAA